CACCUUCUGUCUACUUAUCACCGACGCUCAUUGAUUCGUUGCUUGGGCUUCCUUGUAGCGGGUAACCACACCCAACUGUCCAUUGCUGUCUUUCUUCGCCGACCAUACCUCUCUCCAAGGCCCAAAGCAUCUUAGGUGUAAGCACGAACACCUCAUAGCUGCACUUAAUUUAGGGCUAGGUAGCGCAUAUGGGGACUUUCGCGCGCAGUCGGCCCCUUUCACAGCAAUUAGGGUUCGCUGGUUCCAGUUACUUUCCGUUGCUUAAAUAGAAUCAUCUUGGUACACAGCUUCUGUGUGAGGUGGCGAACGUUAAGCUGGACGCCACGAAAAUGAGCAACAACGACCGUAGAGCAGAGAUAUAUACCUAUGUAGCGCAGGACCCUGUUUAUGCGAUGAACUGGAGUGUUCGUCGCGACAGGCGCUUCCGAUUAGCGGUUGGGUCUUUCCGUGAGGAUGUCACCAACUACAUGGAUAUCAUUUCCCUUGACGACUCCGGUGAGCUGCGGUCCGACCCCGCCCUGCGCUUCCCCCACGACUACCCCGCCACAAAGGUCAUGUGGGUUCCCGACCGCGAGGGCUGCCGGCCCGACCUGCUGGCCACCACGGGGGAGGCGCUGCGCAUCUGGCGGGUGGUGGAGGGGGAGGAGGAGGCGGGGGGGGAGGGGGAGGGGGAGGAGGGGGCAGCAGGAGGAGGCGGCAGGGGGGUGUACCUGCGGUCCCUGCUGAACAAUAACAAGCAGUCCGAGUUCUCCGCCCCCCUCACCUCCUUCGACUGGAACGAGGCGGACCCCAAGCGCCUGGGCACCUCCUCCAUCGACACCACCUGCACCAUCUGGGACAUCGAAAAGGGCGAGGUGGACACGCAGCUGAUCGCUCACGACCGGGAGGUGUACGACAUCGCGUGGGGGGGGCUGGGUGUGUUUGCCACGGUGUCGGCGGACGGCUCCGUGCGCGUGUUCGACCUGAGGGACAAGGAGCACUCCACCAUCAUCUACGAGAGCCCGCAGCCCGACACGCCGCUACUGCGACUGGGCUGGAACCGGCAGGACCCGAGGUACAUGGCAACAUUGGUCAUGGACUCACCCAAGGUUGUCAUCCUGGACAUCCGCUACCCCACCCUCCCCGUGGCGGAGCUGCAGCGGCACCAGGCGCCCGUCAACGCACUAGCAUGGGCGCCGCACUCGGCACAGCACAUCUGUACGGCAGGGGAUGACGCGCAGGCGCUCAUUUGGGACGUGUCGGGUGUGGGCGGCGGCAGUGGGGGUCCUGGCGGGGCAGGAGGAGGAGGAGGCGGAGGAGGGGCGGCAGGCGGAGGGGGAGGCGGGGACGUGUCGCUUGAUCCCAUUCUGGCGUACGGGGCACAGAGUGAGGUGAACCAGCUGCAGUGGAGCUCCGCUCAACCCGACUGGGUGGCCAUAUGCUUUGGAAACAAGACCCAGAUACUGCGGGUGUGAGCGCGGAGGGGAGCGAGAGGGGGUGAGGGAGGGUAGCGGACGGAGAGGGAGGAGGGCAGCUCAGUGCCGGCCACAACCGCCAUCGCCACCGCUGCUGCUGCUGCUGAUGUUGCCGGUUCUUGGGUUGCAGUUGAGGUCAUGUACGGCAUCUGGGUAGCCCUCCCCCCACAUUAGGUUUGCAUGCGGGAAGAGGGUUACCCGGCUGUUGUGUUGUGUUUUGUGUGUGUUUGCGGGUGCCGGGAGGCGCCGCUGUCGGGGCAGCGGCAGGGCGGGGGUUGUGUGGCUCCCUGGGUUGAAGUUGGGGCUCCGGGCACAUGCAUGGAGCGGGGCCAGGCGGCAAGGGCGGCAACAGCGCGAUGCAUGUGGUUACUGAUGUGGUACCAUGUGGACACGUGUGUGUGUGUCGCCACCAUGCUUUGCUGGGGUGGUGGGUGCGGUGCAGCGCGAGAGUCAUACCAUCGGACUGCGCACCGGUAUCUGUUGGCGAGCUCCCAGCGGGCUGAGGCGCGGAUGGGAUCGAGAUGGAAGCGUGAGGUGUUUUUCGUUGGUUGGGUCGGACCCGUUGGUCAGGUAGGGUAGGUCAGGUCUACCCGCUGACCCCUGCGUAGGUCAGGAUAGCCAAGACACUCAGCCGCGGUCCUCUAGCACACAAGCACAAGUGGGGCGAGUAGCGGUGUUGGGCCAUGAGGAGGUAUUUGAGCGGUUUAGGGACGCCUGUUUGCUGGGUCGGGAGGCUGGUCCUAUUGCUGGGAGGGACAGCGGGAAAUUUUGGGAGCCAGUCGGACGAGGUGUACGACAAGCUGUACAUAUGUAUCCUCUUUGUAUGACAUUAUGCAAGGCAAAAGAUUGGGCGGUUGUUUGUCACGGCAUUAGGGGUGUGCUUAGGCAGCGUCAAUGUUGGCAGAACCUUGCGAUACGCUGCCCUAUUGAUAAACUGAUGGUGGUGGCUGCCCAAUGCUUUGCAGUACCGGUAUGCUCUACAACAGGGGUACCGGUAAACAGGAUGAGCCUGCCGCUGCGGAGAG